GAAGAGGUCUUUGGAAUCAACUCCCGCGAGUUCUUUGGAAUCAGUUGCACUGCACUCUCUCUCAGAUCUCUUUAUAAAAAAACAAAGCCUCUCCACAUUCUCUCCACAAUACACAACGAAAGAGAGAAAGAGAAAGACAAAGAGCGAUGGCGACAGAUGCAGGAUCAGAGUCGAUUGCAACGGUGGCUGCGAAAGCUCCGGUGACGGCGGAGAGGAAGGUCCGGACUGAUCUCGACGAUCGUCUCCCCAAGCCAUAUGUGCCACGAGCGAUGGUUGCACCUGACAUGGAAAACGUUAAUGGGACAAGGGGACACAAGCACCAGGACAUGUCUGUUCUUCAGCAGCACGUAGCUUUCUUUGACCAGGACGGUGAUGGUAUCAUCUACCCAUCCGAGACAUUCAGAGGAUUUAGAGCACUUGGUUUCAACGUGAUCUCUAGUUUCUUUCUAACAAUCCUCGUGCAUCUUACAAUGAGUUACGCCACACUGCCUACUUGGAUGCCUUCUUUUACCUUCCCGAUUCACAUCAAAAACAUCCACAGAGCCAAACAUGGAAGCGACACCUCUACUUACGACACAGAAGGAAGGUACAUUCCGGCGAAUCUGGAGAACAUGUUUAGCAAGUACGCACGUACAGUACCUGAUAAGCUAUCCCGUUACGAGCUGUGGCAAAUGACUGAGGCGAACCGCAACGCAUUCGACUUCUUUGGCUGGGCAGCGAGUAAAAUGGAGUGGGGAGUACUGUACUUACUGGCUAAAGACGAGAAUGGUUACUUAUCGAAAGAAGCUUGUUGGGAUUUAGGUUCUUCUACCCUUGAAUCUAAAUUCAGGAUCGCAAAGCUCUACAUCCCUAGGAGACUUCUUCUCUUGUUUAGACUCUGGUACAGAUUAAUGGCGGAGAGUAAACCAUUGAUCGGUCUUAAAUGGGAACCGAAGCUUCCAGGGUUAUCUUUAGAUUCGAAAACUGGUUCGAGUUUAAGCAAAGUAGUUGAGAGAAAAGAAAGCAGUUCUCUCUGGAGCUCUAAUUCGGAGCUUGUUGAUGGACUUUGUCUUCCUCCUACUGAUCCAAGGAAGAUUAACAAGAUGGUUAGAAAGCAACUCAAAGACACCGCUGGAUCAAAAUGGUUUGAUAUGCCCGCUCAGACAAUGACUCCAGAGUUGAAAAGGGAUCUUCAGUUGCUUAAGUUGAGAAAUGUAAUGGAUCCUUCCCAACACUACAAGAGAGUUGUGUCCGGGUCCAAACUAGGUGAAAAAUAUUUCCAGGCAAGUUUCCUGAGCUGCAGACUAGUAAUUUUGUCUCGUCCUUCUGUCUUACACCAACUCUUAUCUGGUUUUCUUUGUGUCAAAAACCAGAUUGGCACAGUCAUUGAACCAGCUGAAGAGUUCUAUGGUAGAGUGACGAAGAAGAAUAGAAAAGCAACUCUUGCUGAUGAGUUGGUGUCAGAUCCCAAAAUUACUCAGUACAGGAAGCGUAAAGUCAGGGAGAUUGAAGAGAAGAACAGAGACUUUGAGAAUAAGAAAUGGAAGAAAAAGGGAAAGGGUUCCAAGAACACAAAACAAAGAAGGAACUGAAUCACGUUUAUUAGAAUAUGAUCACAUUUUUGGUACACCUUACCUUGUAACGACUGUUGUUGUUUUAUGGAAUUUGACUUAAAAAGGGUUGCUUUUGUUGUUUACAUGUCUGUGAUAAUUGAACAGCUUUUAUGAAGAUGGAUACUAUAAGAGAUUAUUAUGAACCGAUGGUUAUGUUCAAUAACUUAACUAACUAAACAGUGUAUAGAGCUAAGUUUUAUAUACUUGGGAA